AUGCUUCAACAUGAGGUUCGGCUACCUUUACAGCCUCCCAUUCAGAGGAUUCUUGCCCAAUUGGGUUUCACCCCAGGUCAAUACAAUCCCAACUUUUGGGUAGCCUUUAUGAGUGUAAUCGUGGCCUUCAGUCUUUCCGAGGAAAGGGAGCCAACCUACGAGCCAUUCUCGUACUUAUACAAUGUCACCAAGUCGAACUGCGCUAGGCAUGGAAGUUGGGUUCAAGCUAACUGCCUCCGAGCUUCCGAGCAUGGCCACUUCAUUAAGGUUGUACCAACUUCUCAGAAGUCAUGGAGGAAUCGGAGGGUCCUUUUGUCCGGUGACUGUGAGUAA